GAAGCGCCCACAUCAGGAAACCGGAAGUCCUCCUCUUACGGUGACACUGCGCACGCGUAUGCCUCUUGCGUCUUCGACCUCUACUACAAACGAUCGCAGACACUGAAUCAACGCCAGCUCCUUUGGUUGACCUGACCGCUAAGUCCCUUCGUAAUGUAUGCCUGUGCUAAGUUCGUCUCCACGCCCUCUCUGGUCCGUGCUGGAUCUCGGGCUCUGUACAGACCACUCUCUGCAGCAGUAGUCUCAGAUGCCAGGAAAGCAGAGACUGCUUCACUCCUGGCACCACAGAGUAUUUUAGCCUCCCAGCAGCAGGUGGCAGUGCGGGGGUUCCAGACUAGUGCUGUGAGCCGUGACAUCGACACUGCUGCAAAGUUCAUUGGAGCAGGAGCUGCCACUGUGGGAGUGGCUGGAUCUGGAGCUGGAAUUGGAACGGUGUUCGGUAGCCUUAUUAUCGGAUAUGCCAGGAACCCAUCUCUGAAGCAGCAGCUGUUCUCUUACGCCAUCUUGGGCUUUGCUCUGUCUGAAGCUAUGGGUCUUUUCUGUUUGAUGGUUGCAUUCCUUAUUCUGUUUGCCAUGUAAACCAGUGAGCAUUUUACUGUAAAGGGAUACAUCACAAUGUUAACAAGACUGUGCAGUUUAAGGUUCCCUUGAAUUGUACAAUGAUUUCAACCUAUCAUGAUGCCCAUUCUUGUUCAUUGGUGUCUCUUAAGAGAUUGUGAACACACUGAUGUAUGAAACUGGCAAACCCAAAUCAUUUUUAAUGAUUGCUUUGCCAUUUUAUUGUAUAUUUAGUCAAAUGUUUUUGUUAACAACAUGCAACCAAUAACAGAAGUAAAACCUGUAAUUCA